GCCUGUGCAUUAAGGCGGCCUUGGCUGUGACCACAAUGCAAAUCUCAGCUUCUGAGCAGCAGAUAAGCCAGUCCCCCGCUGAAAAUGAGGAGGUCAUGAUGACUACAGGGACAGCUUCUGAGCAGCAGAUAAGCCAGUCCCCCGCUGAAAAUGAGGAGGUCAUGAUGACUACAGGGACAGCUUCUGAGCAGCAGAUAAGCCAGUCCCCCGCUGAAAAUGAGGAGGUCAUGAUGACUACAGGGACAGCUGUGAUUGGAGAUUCUAUAGUUAAUGGCAGAAAGGCUACCAAAAACACCUUGCAGUAUAUGGCAUCAGUGCAGGUCAAUGAAGCACAUGAGUGUGGAGGAUUUCUGAUUUCCCCUAAAUAUGUCCUUACAGCCGCACACUGCGAUAUAAGUGAUCAUAUGACUGUCGUCCUUGGUGACCACAACAUCAAUCAGAGAAAUCUUCAAAGAUACAAGGUGGCUCGCAAAUUCAUACCGAAACAGUUCAGACAUGCAAGAGAGGGCGAUGACAUCAUGCUUCUGAAGCUUGACAGGAAAGCAGUUUUGGGAAAACAUUUGAAAACUGUCAAUAUCACAGAUGAACGGCACCGUGUUAAAAAUGGCACAAAGUGUCUGUUUGCUGGAUGGGGUAAAACCAAAGAGAGUAAUACUAAAGGAGUGAAUGAACUUCAGGCAGUGAACGUUUCAAUUGUUGACAUCGACGAAUGCAGGAAAGCAUGGAUGAAAAAAUACAAGAAAAUGGAAACAUUUCCACCAAACAUAACCUGCGCUGGUGGAUAUAAACAGAAUACAGGGAUGUGUAAGGGUGACUCAGGAGGUCCACUUGUAUGCAAUUCAGUGGCCGUGGGCAUUGUUUCCUUCAAAAGUUCCACGUGUGAAUCUUCUGAUGUGCCAAAUGUUUAUACUGAUAUUUCAAAAUAUUCGCGCUGGAUCAGAGCAAUGAUCAGUGGCGGUCCUGGCUAG